UACGUGCAUGAACGGAGAUAAGAGAGCUUUGUGCUGAGGUCGAUUAAAUCGAGGUGUACUAAAACAAUAAUUUUUAUACCGUAUCGUGGAUUCUUUUCUAAGUACUCAUAACUAAACAUUGGUAUAAAAUGGUUGUAUUUGGACCUUAGCGAGUGGUUUGUGUCGUCCAGUGUAGAAACUUACGAGUUAUGGCUGGUGAUUUUAUAUGUGCUAGGACAACGUUAUGGUAAUUUACCCAUGUUAUCGUGCUUCACCUGUGUACCUGGCAUUGGAGUUGGAAGAUAUGGUAGCGAUGGUGAAGUGAGCGCAGCGAGAUGGUACCGUGUGUGCUAGCGGCGCUCUUGCUCCUCGCCAGGGCUGCACGCCUCCACGCCCUCGACAUAUCGCAAUGCAUCGCCCCGCUCGGCAUGGAGAGCGGCCUGAUACCGGACCGGGACGUGACCGCCAGCUCCUCAUACAACGACGGCAACGUGGGCUCGCAAAACGGACGAUUGAACCAAGAAAUCAAAGGUGGGGCGUGGUGUCCGAAGUCGCAGAUCACUACGGAGUCGACGGAAUGGCUGGAGAUCAACCUUCACUCGGUUCACGUCAUCACGGCUACAGGCACCCAGGGGAGGUUCGGCAACGGCCAGGGGGUGGAAUACACGGAAGCCUACGUCAUAGAGUAUUGGAGGCCGAAGCUGGGCAAGUGGGUGCGGUACAGAGGCGCUGAUGGGCAAGAGAUCCUCACUGGCAAUACUAACACGUAUUUGGAGAAGAAGAAUCACCUGGAACCGCCGAUAUGGGCGUCGAAGAUUCGCUUCAUACCAUACAGCUCGCACCGGCGCACCAUAUGCAUGAGGGUGGAACUCUAUGGCUGUUUCUGGAGUGUCGGCAUAGUCUCCUAUUCAAUGCCGAAAGGGGAUAAACGAAGCAACGGCGUAGAGUUAACCGAUAUGAUCUACGACGGCCAAUGGGGCGAGGAGCUAAGGAACGGACUGGGGCAGCUAGUGGACGGGCAGUUCGGAGGUGACGAGAUUCGCGAGGCAGCCAAGACCUCCGCCUGGGUCGGUUGGAGGAACGACUCAAGGCCCAACCCUCCGGUCCUCAUCUUCGAGUUCGAUAAAGUUCGCGAGUUCAGCGCUGUCCAUUUGUUCUGCAAUAACAAGUUCAUGAGAGAUGUACAGGUUUUCUCCGAAGCGAUAAUCACGUUCUCGAUCGGCGGUCGCCAUUUUCAAGACGAGCCUAUUCGGUACACUACGGUAGAAGACAACAUCUUCGAGAGCUCGCGUAACGUCAGCAUAAAACUACACCAUAGAAUCGGGAAGUGGGUCCGUAUCGAACUUCACUUCUCGGCUCGUUGGAUCCUUGUCAGCGAAGUCGUCUUCGAUUCUGACGUAGCACAAGGUAACUACACGCCAGAGAGCCUGAAACCAUCCAUCGGCAAGGACAAAGCGAAGAUACAAUCCAGCAAGGAUUUGCCCAUAUCCACAGCACAUCAGGAAGAUCCAUUAUACAUGGCCAUUGUCGUGGGGGUUUUGACAGCUCUAGUCAUACUUCUAGCGGUCGCAGUCUUCCUCAUAAUACAUAGGCAUAGACAUAGGAAAUGCUUCGCUUCACCCCUGGCGAAGACCACGAUAGCUCAACGAACAGUUGCAGACAAUUAUAACCCCUGUGGCACAUCCAUGCUCCCUGACAAUAAGAUGAUAAUCGAUUGCGGUUUGGACGUCAAGUCUGAUGAAUAUCAGGAGCCUUAUCAAGCGCUAAAGUGCGCGCCGUACUUAAGUUAUAGCACAGUGCUUUUAGAAAUGAAGGAUUUUGUCAAAGACUCCAACACAGCAUUAUCAGAUAGUUCGAACUAUGACUACGCAGUGCCGGAGCUCAGUUCGGCGCCGCUGCUGACGAAGCGCCGGCUGGCAGACAGCCUGUCGGGUCGAGCCACGGAGCUGAUCACCGACCACGACACUCUUGGGGAGCUGGACGCCCGACGGUCCGCGGCUGGUUCCAUACGCUCCAAGCACAGUACUCGGUCGCCCAGUCAGCAAGAGAUUCUAAUAGACCUGAAGCGGCGACUCGAGAGUACAAACGUGAUCGAGUUCCCUCGACAUCGGUUGCGAAUGAUCUCUAAACUGGCGGAGGGGGCCUUCGGAACUGUAUACGUGGCGGAGGCGGACGGCGUGCCGGAGUACAGCGGCGCGGUGUCGGCGGAGAAGCGCCUCGUGGCCGUCAAGUUCCUGUGCCACGACGCGUCCGCCAAGGAGAGGUACAUCAUGGAGGACUUCGAAAGAGACGUCCGUAUUCUGGCUGCCCUGUCUUCGCCGCACCUCGCGCGAGUGUUGGGCGCUUGUCGCUCGCCUCCCUUAGCUGUAGUCCUCGAGUACUUAGAAUUAGGUGAUCUGUGCGCGUUCUUACGCGCCGGUCCGCCGCCGAGUACCGGUACGCUGUUGCACGUGGCCACGCAGAUAGCGGCCGGGAUGCACUACCUCGAGUCUUUGAACUUCGUGCAUCGCGAUUUGGCUACUAGGAACUGCCUGAUCGGCAAAGGCUACCAAAUCAAAAUCAGCGAUUUCGGCACAGACAACGAAGCAUACGCCUGCGAUUACUACAAAGUGGACGGCAGGAUACCCUUGCCCCUGCGCUGGGCAGCGUGGGAGUCCGUGCUGAGAGGCAAAUAUACCACCAAGAGUGACGUGUGGGCGUUCGCGGUCACCUUGCACGAGAUAUUCACGCUGUGUCGUCGGCGACCUUAUGAACAUCUCACUGAAUCAGAGGUUCUAGAGAACUUAUCCCAUUUGCAAGCGGACGACGGUCUGUUCGAGUGUAUAGACCGCUGCGGUGGCUGUCCCAGAGACAUCUACGAGCUGAUGUGCGAGUGUUGGCGGAGGGACGAGAUGGACCGACCGACCUUCACCGAGCUACACCUGUUCCUGCAGAGGAAAGCGAUACCGUAUGCCUCGUGACUACGUAACGGCCACACGCUGGGCUAUCUGUGAGUUUAAUCUCUUCUGUUUAGUCUAAGACUUAUCUAUAGAGCGCAUUUUGACUUUGCUCAGGCUUAAGACACUGGUAAAACGAGACAGCGUUAUACCGCUGGCAUAAAUCUGUCUCGUUUUUACUGAAACUUAAGUCUAAGCAAAGUCAAAGUGUGCGCUAUAGAUUUCAACAUGACCGCAUGCUGAGAUGCAGGUGUCGCAGCUCAGUACAGAUUUUGCAGGGCAGGGCAAUUGAAGCACACAUAAGCCGUGAGCGUACGCUACAACACAGCUCACACAGCUGAGUUGACUCGUCCAGCGGCUCGAUCGCGGUAGGAUGACAGCUACAAUGUCACGUUCGCAAUCACCUCUGAUUGGUUGACCCUUAAUCACUAUUGGCUACA